AUGUCUGAUCAACCUGUUAUCGUCUCACUGUCUGAUGCAGAACGUGCUGAAGGGAGAUACUCCAAGUGUAGCCUGCAACGAGCAAUCGAAGGUUUGAAUCGCGAUGGUGCGGUCUAUUUAGAGAAUAUCGUUGAUCCUGAACAUGUUGAGAAGCUUCGACUUGCGAUGCUGGAUGAAGCAAAGAUCCUGAAGGCCAAGAAGGGGGACGACAUCUCCCAGUAUAAUCAAGGUGUCGCCACGAACUUCCUUCAGUCUCCUCCACUUGCCACCCGGUCUCUCUUCUUUGAGGACGUAUAUGCCAAUGCAUUCGUUCACCAGGUCGUUUCGUACUAUUUGGGUCCUUCCGCCUCUUGGUCCUUUAUAAGCGGCAACAACGCUAACAAGCAGACCACGGAACGUCAAGACGUGCACAAAGAUAGUUCAUUCAUCCAUCCUCUCGCUCCCUCAAUCAUUAUCGCCAACUUCCCUCUCUCUGAAUUCACACCGGAGAAUGGGUCGACGGAAAUGUGGCUUGGUUCCCAUGCUACUACUGAUCCGGGUGACCAGAUGUGGCCUGCGCAGUACCCGACAUCACGCGAGCCUCUAUGCUUUAUCCGUCCUGAGCUCGUCGAGGAGCGCAGGAAAUUCCGCCCGCCCAUCCAGAUUGUAUGCAAGCCGGGAGGUGUAAUGUUGCGCGAUCAGCGUAUCUGGCAUGCGGGUAUGCCUAACACCAGUAAUGAGGAUAGGAUCAUGUUGGCUAUGAUGUUCACCGCGGCUUGGUUCCUUAACGAUCGCAAAUUCAAGCUUCCUUACUUCGCGAGGGAGAUUCUCGAGUCCAAGCCCUUAGCUGUGACGGUUCAGGCUGAAUAUGUCAGUGAGGCCGAAUGUGAAGAGAGUCUGCAUCAAUGGGGAAAUGGUAUCAAGCCAUCGGACCCAAACUACCAAAGUCUUUGGGAAAGCGCUCAGCUGAAGAACAAGGCGUAA